CAGUUCUCUGAGCCGGUCAUUCAGAGCCGGCUCUCUGUAUCCGCCGUCUCUCUCGCUCAUUCAGCGCUUGGCUCACAGUCUUCAGCACUGCUCGCCUCCUCACUGCAUCUGUCCUCCGCUCCUCAUAGUGAGGUACCAUGCAUCCUCCUCUCUCCUCCUCCUCCUCCUCCUCCUCCUCCUCCUUUUCUUUGCCUGUCCACUUCCAUUCCAGUGUCCCUUUAUCAAACAGAGGACUGUUUCUGCUCAGCCGGGCUCCAUAGAAAGCUCUGCUCCUCGCUGGGAAGGACUCCGGAGACAGCGUGCCGGGUCUGGAGACGACUGCUCUUGUUGGGAUGUAGACCUGUGCAGGACCUCUGCCGUCUGUGUAACGCCGCUCAACGUCCUUCUCAAAGUUGCAGGAGAGUCAGUCAAGAUCCUCAUCCUCGUUCUCACAGAGCGCUGGCAACUGUGUGGAGUCAGACCAGUUCAGGAUUCCCAUCUCAGCUCCUCACACACUGACCGGGACUGCAGCACUGACAUGUUCCAUCUAGACCUGACGUCAGUCGCUGCAUAGCCUCAUGCUCCCGUCAGUCCCCUCUGCGGUUCCCAUAUGAGAUUCGGCAGCUCGAGGCAAAGCUGGCCUGGACCGCUGACUUUUAACGUCUCGUACGGACAGACGGGAAGAAACUGACUCUUGAGCACGCUCAGUCUCGCUUGUGUCGGAGCGCCCGUCGUGGUGUCUGCAGACAGCCAUGCAGGUGUCCUUUGCAUGCACGGACCACGGCCUGAAGGCCCCCCGUAAUGGCGAGCACAGCAAGCAGAACGCCACCAGCCCCAACACGGCCAGCCAAGCCAGAGCCCGCUUCCGCACCGUGGCCCUGAUAGCUCGCAGCCUGGGCUCCUUCACCCACCGCUACCACCACAACCUCAAGGAGUCUACGGCCAAGCUCACCGGCAUGAAGUACCGGAACCUGGGGAAAUCUGGGCUGCGCGUGUCCUGUCUGGGCCUCGGAACUUGGGUGACAUUUGGAGGACAGAUCUCUGAUGAGGUCGCCGAGCAGCUGAUGACGAUCGCCUACGAGAGCGGGGUCAACCUGUUCGACACGGCCGAGGUCUACUCCGGGGGAAAAGCGGAGAUAAUCCUGGGAAACAUCAUCAAGAAGAAGUGCUGGAGGAGAUCCAGCCUGGUGAUCACCACAAAGCUCUACUGGGGAGGAAAAGCGGAGACAGAAAGAGGCCUGAACAGAAAACACAUUGUCGAAGGUUUGAAGGGCUCCCUCCAGAGGAUGCAGCUCGAGUAUGUGGAUGUGGUUUUUGCAAACCGGACGGACAACAAUACUCCCAUGGAGGAGAUCGUGAGAGCGAUGACUCACGUCAUCAACCAAGGGAUGUCCAUGUACUGGGGCACGUCACGGUGGUCUGCCAUGGAGAUCAUGGAAGCAUACUCUGUGGCCAGGCAGUUUAAUCUGAUUCCUCCGGUGUGUGAGCAGGCUGAAUAUCACUUCUUCCAGAGGGACAAAGUGGAAACGCAGCUUCCUGAGCUCUACCACAAGAUAGGCGUUGGCGUGGUGUCCUGGUCUCCUCUGGCCUGUGGGAUUAUCACAGGAAAGUAUGAGAACGGCAUUCCAGAGUGCUCCAGAGCCUCCAUGAAGCCAUACCAGUGGCUGAGGGAUAAAAUCAUGAGUGAGGAUGGAAGAAAACAGCAAGCCAAACUAAAAGAGCUGGCUCACAUCGCGGAGAAGCUGGGGUGCACCUUGCCACAGCUAGCCAUAGCCUGGUGCCUGAGGAACGAGGGAGUGAGCUCCGUGCUGCUGGGAUCCUCCAAUCCUACACAGCUCACAGAAAACCUGGGAGCCAUUCAGGUAAUUCCAAAGAUGACGGCAGGCAUCGCCUCAGAAGUGGAUCAUAUCCUGGGCAACCGCCCGCACAGCAAACGGGACUACCACCAUUAGAGUCCGGGCCAUCAGUGAACUGUGCUCAAACAGCUUCUCAGAGCUCCUGUUUCACAGCCAUGGCACCAUACGCCGUGCCCCAGUGUGUGUGUGUGUGCGUGUGUGUGCGUGUGUGUGUGGUGCUCUGCUUGGCUCUUUCGGCAGUUCUCAUUCCGUGUAAAGUCAGCU